AUGUCAGACGUAGCUUAUCUCAAGAGUUUACUGGGCGUCCACCCAGAUUUCCCCAAGAAGGGAAUCGUCUUUUUAGACCUCUUUCCAAUCUUACGAGACCCAUUGGCAUUUGAAACUUUGAUAACCCAUUUUAUACAUCAUCUAACAUCAGAGACGAUACCUAAAUUAGAGAACAAAAAAAUUGAUGUAGUCGUAGGAUUAGAUGCUAGGGGAUUCCUUUUAGGUCCAGUUCUAGCUAUGAGAUUGAAUUGUGGAUUUGUACCUAUUCGAAAGAAAGGUAAAUUACCUGGUCAAGUAGUAGGAGCGGAAUAUGUAAAAGAGUAUGGUACUGACGUAUUCGAAAUUCAAGCGGAUUCUAUCAAGCCUGAUCAAAAUGUCAUUGUUAUUGAUGAUUUGAUUGCUACUGGUGGAUCGGCAAAAGCAGCCGGAGAGCUAGUAGAUAAACUAGGUGCCAAAGUGAUCGAAUACUUGUUCUUGAUUGAAGUUUCUUUUUUGAAAGGGUCUCAACACCUCAAUGCUCCCACGUAUGCGAUGAUCAAGGAUUGA